AUGGACUCGGGUGAACUUCAGGAAGGUGCCUGCGAUGUUCCGCCACGACUCCCGUCUGCAGAAUUCAAAGAGCGGUACCGUGGCAUCACCUCAUUUUCCUAUAAUUCAAAGGUGGAAUACGUCUGUCGUCCAGGGUAGGUGAGAAAUAUUAGAGCUGACAACUUCCUUGUUUGUGGAAGGAACGGGAGGUGGCAUGGAACGAUGGAGAUCUGUAUACCAAAGCAGUGCAGCUACCCCGGGGAGCCGGCCAACGGCAGACUCGUCCUGGUAGAAAAGUUCACUUUUGGUUCAGCAGCGAACUUCACCUGCAACCCUGGGCACAGACUGGUUGGAAAUUCUCAAAUUCAUUGUGUGAUUAAAAAUGGGAUUGUUACAUGGGACAGAGAUAUUCCCAUCUGCGAGCCAAUACCGUGUCCACCCCCUCCAGAAAUAGCCAACGGGAAGCACAGUGGAGCUGACAAAGAGCUCUUUGAAUACGGAGCAUCCGUCACUUACCGGUGCGACACUGUCAGAAGAGGAGAGAGACCUUUCUCGCUGGUGGGAGACGCCUCGAUUUUCUGUACGACCACAGAUAACAUAAACGGGGUCUGGAGCAAACCAGCCCCGGAGUGCAAAGUGGUGAACUGUGAGCAUCCCAGCGUGGCCAACGGGCAGCUGCUGAGCAGGUACCAGGCUGCCUACACCUUCAGAGACACCGUCAUCUUCGACUGCAACUUCCGCUACACCCUGAGCGGCAGCGACACGUCCACGUGCAAGGAAAACGGCCUCUGGGACCCUCCGCUGCCGCUCUGUCAGCUCAGUAGCUGUGAUGACCCCCCAGACGUGCAGAAUGCUGUUAAAGCAAAACUCGCUGGCAAUUUGUUUCCUGCGGGGACUGUGGUUACCUACGAGUGUGCAGAGGGCCACCAGUUCAGCCCGGGAGAGACCACACGGCACGUUGAGUGCUUGCCAGAUUUUACAUGGACCGAACCCCCACAUCCUUGUGAAAGAAUUCGUUGCCCAAAUCCAGACAUCAGGAAUGGAAGGCACUUACAUGUAUGGGAAGAAAAAGACAAUUAUGUGUAUGGAGACAGACUGGAAGUUACGUGUAAUGAUGGCUAUGCUUUCAAGGGUCGGAGCAGUAACCUUGUGCUUCGGUGUACAAGUGAUGGUAGAUGGGAUCCAGCAGCACUGGAGUGCGCUCCAGAACCUCGUUGCCCAAAGCCAGACAUUGCUCAUGGAAUAGAGAUUUACAAAAGCAAAAAUGACUACACAGUUGGGACCCGACUGAGGCUGGCGUGUGAUCCGGGCUAUGUCCUCAGGGGCCAGGACUCGACCGAGUGCCAGGCUGGCUCGAGCUGGGCUCCCCCGUUACCGUUUUGUGAUAAAGUCUGUGGCCCCCCUCCACAAAUCUCCAGCGGGCAGCACUCCGGCUUGGGACGGGAGCAGUUCCCCUACGGCGCGGAGGUGACGUACAGCUGUGCAGAGGGUCUGUCCCUCAUUGGGGAUGACACCAUCUACUGCACCUCCGACGAUGGGGUGAACCUGACGUGGAGCGGACCCGCCCCGGAGUGCAGGGUUCAGUGUCCUCAGCCCCCAGAAGAGGAGAACCUAGUGGUUUACCCUUCGAAAUCCUGGUACAAGGUGAAUGAAACUCUGUCCUUCUACUGCAGUCUUGAUAACUCUCGAAGACUAAAUACACUAACUACCUGCUCAGCCAACGGCACUUGGAUACCGCCGCCCACGUGUAAAAAGCAUUAUACAUGCAAGGAGAUUCUUCAAGUCGGGGAAUUCUUCCAGUGUGGAGUUCCUCUGACAGAACUGAAAACUAUACUGGAAGUCCAGAAACUGUACCUGGAGAUCCAGAAGCUUUUGAAAGGAGGAUAA